AUGAGCCGCCAGUUCACCUGCAAGUCGGGAGCUGCCGCCAAGGGGGGCUUCAGCGGCUGCUCUGCUGUGCUCUCAGGGGGCAGCUCGCCCUCCUUCCGGGCAGGGGGCAAAGGGCUCAGCGGGGCCUUUGGGAGCCGGAGCCUCUACAGCCUGGGGGGCUCCCGGGGCAUCUCCUACAACGUGGCCAGUGGCAGCGGGAAGAGUGGAGGUUAUGGAUUUGGCCGGGGCCGGGCCAGUGGUUUUGCUGGCAGCAUGUUUGGCAGUGUGGCCUUGGGACCUGUGUGCCCAACUGUGUGCCCGCCUGGAGGCAUCCACCAGGUCACUGUCAAUGAGAGCCUCCUGGCCCCCCUCAAUGUGGAGCUGGACCCGGAGAUCCAGAAAGUGCGCGCCCAGGAGCGGGAGCAGAUCAAGGCGCUGAACAACAAGUUCGCCUCCUUCAUCGACAAGGUGCGGUUCCUGGAGCAGCAGAACCAGGUGCUGGAGACCAAGUGGGAGCUGCUGCAGCAGCUGGACCUGAACAACUGCAAGAACAACCUGGAGCCCAUCCUGGAAGGCUACAUCAGUAACCUGCGGAAGCAGCUGGAGACGCUGUCGGGGGACAGGGUGAGGCUGGACUCGGAGCUGAGGAACGUGCGGGACGUGGUGGAGGACUACAAGAAGAGGUAUGAGGAAGAAAUCAACAGGCGGACAGCUGCAGAGAACGAGUUUGUGCUGCUCAAGAAGGACGUGGACGCAGCUUAUGCCAAUAAGGUGGAGCUGCAGGCCAAGGUGGACUCCAUGGACCAGGAGAUCAAGUUCUUCAAGUGUCUCUUUGAAGCCGAGAUCGCUCAGAUCCAGUCGCACAUCAGUGACAUGUCUGUCAUCCUGUCCAUGGACAACAACCGGGACCUGAACCUGGACAGCAUCAUAGACGAGGUUCGGGCCCAGUACGAGGAGAUUGCCCACAAGAGCAAGGCUGAGGCCGAGGCCCUGUACCAGACCAAGUUCCAGGAACUGCAGCUGGCAGCCGGCCGGCAUGGGGACGACCUGAAAAACACCAAGAAUGAAAUCUCGGACCUCACCCGGCUCAUCCAGAGAAUCCGCUCAGAGAUUGAGAAUGUGAAGAAACAGGCUUCCAACCUGGAGACGGCCAUCGCCGAUGCCGAGCAGCGGGGGGACAAUGCCCUGAAGGACGCCCGGGCCAAGCUGGAUGAGCUGGAGGCUGCCCUGCACCAGGGCAAGGAGGAGCUGGCCCGGAUGCUGCGCGAGUACCAGGAGCUCAUGAGCCUGAAGCUGGCCCUGGACAUGGAGAUCGCCACCUACCGCAAGCUGCUGGAGAGCGAGGAGUGCCGGAUGUCAGGAGAAUAUCCCUCCCCUGUCAGCAUCUCCAUCAUCAGCAGCACCAGUGGCAGCAGUGGCUACGGCUUCCGGCCCAGCUCCGUCAGUGGCGGCUACGUGGCCAGCAGCGGCAGCUGUAUUUCUGGAGUGUGCAGCGUCCGUGGCGGGGAUGCCCGGAGCCGGGGCAGUGCCAGUGACUACAAGGAUACCCUGGGAAAGGGCUCCAGCCUGAGUGCCCCCUCCAAGAAAGCCGGUCGGUAG